UUCUCUAUACGCGAUUGUGUUGCCGGGCAGUAGCGGUCACGGCCACAAGCUAUCCGGCCGAUACCGAAGUCCUACAACAACAACUACGCAACUUCCUCUUUUAUCCUCCAUAUUUACUUGCAGCAUACAAUGGCUCCUCGUAAGGGAGGCAAGGAAGGUGGGAAGCAGAAACCCAAGAACGCCAUCAACGAGGUGAUCACCAAGGAAUGCACCAUUAACCUUCACAAACGUAUCUUCGGCAGGAGUUUCAAAAAAAGGGCACCGCGUGCAAUCAAGGAAAUUCGCCAUUUUGCCGAAAAGAUGAUGGGAACUCCAGAUGUGCGUGUGGAUUCUCGUCUUAACAAACACAUCUGGUCCAAAGGAGUCAGGAGUGUUCCCUACCGAGUGCGAGUGCGUCUGGCCAGGAAGCGUAACGAAGAUGAGGACUCCGUUCACAGGCUGUACACCUUAGUCACAUACGUUCCAUGUACAUCUUUCAAAGGAACACACACCCUCAAUGUGGACAAUGAAUAAUGUGUACAGCUAAUUUAAUAAAACAAGAAAAACUAAA